AUGAUUGGCUCAGACACCACAGCACAGCCUCCCGUUCGGGAUGAGUACCCACCGCGUGCGGACUUGCGCCGCAUGAUGAACCAAAGCCCUCUCCCGACUCUGCCCCUUGAUCUGAUCGAUCCGUCGUCCAUGGUUGGUGACGAGGCAACAAUCCGAGCAUGCGGCGUGUUAAAAACUUUGAAUAAUGCAUUGGCCACUGGCAAUAUCGAAGCCUUGGAAGGUUGCUUCUAUGCAGACCAAGCAUACUGGAAGGAUCAACUGGCUCUGACAUGGCACUUGCGCACAUUCAGCGCCCCUCGUACUAUUGCUGCAAGUUUGUUGGAGACAGCAAAUCUAAGGAAUGUUUUCGGUGGUGUUAAGGUUGACGGAGCUGCCGUGUUUCUUCCGGCUACACCGGUUCUGCAAUUCAUCGAUUGUCCGCUCGUCUUUAAAACACAAUCGCCUUCGGGUCUCUGUCGUGGUAAGAUGUUGCUACUGCCCGUUGUAAAUGAUGAGCAAAGGAUCGCCUGGAAGAUCUGGAUCUUGAGCACUAGACUCGAGAGCUUGGAUGUGCAACCGGAGAAUGAAAACCUACUACAGAUCCCCAGGAGUAAACUGGAUGCAUCAAUGGAUUUCGAAACGGAUGUUUUUAUCAUCGGCGCAGGAAAUGCCGGCGUCGCUCUCUCCGCACGUCUCAAGGCUCUGGGAGUUGAGAGUGUUAUAGUCGACCGCAACCCUUGCCCUGGUGACAAUUGGGCCCUUCGAUAUGACUGCAUGCAGUUCCACAUCCCCACAGCAUUCUGUGAGCUUCCGUAUAUGUGCUAUGACAAAGAGCUUCAGACUCCUCACCUGCUUACGCGCCAGGACUUGGCUUCACAAGUCCGUCGUUAUGUGGAGACAUUUCAAUUGAAUACUAUCCACUCCGUCAAAGUCCUGUCGACGGCGUAUGAUGAGGUGGCUCAAACGUGGCAUGUUACUUUCGCGUCACCUGCAGGCCAGCGCAAGGCCACUUCGAAGCACCUCGUCAUGGCAACGGGAUUUGGCUCUCAAAAGCCUAACAUGCCACAAAUCGCAGAGCCUCAACUGUACAAGGGCAUCAGUGUUCACUCGGCCGACUACAAGAAUGCCAAGCUACUGCGAGAGCAGGGAGCAAAGUCUGUAAUGGUCAUUGGCUCUGCAAAUACAGCAUUCGAUGUCCUUGUCGACUGCCACAAAGCGGGCCUUGAUGCGACAAUGGUCGUUAGGUCCCCUACUUAUAUUGUGCCGCUCGAGUAUGUCUGUGAUAAGAACAGUCUCGGUGCGUAUGAUGGUGGCGUUGAUGCGGCCGAUAAACUUAUACUAUCGCUGCCUGCAGUCGUGGAUGGACAGCUAGCCCGUGGUUUGUUUGCCAUGCUCGCUGCGAACGAACCGCAGCGAUACGCUGCACUUGAAGCAGCUGGCUUCCCCGUCCUAGAUAGUCGAAACCCAGACUGCGCAUUGAUGCAUAAUCUGCUCGAGCGUGCCGGCGGACAUUAUGUCGAUGUUGGCGGCACAAAACUGAUCGAGGAGAGAAGGGUUAACGUAAAAGCGGGGGUCGAACCUGUGGCUUAUACGAAAUCAGGUCUUCGGUUCUCCGACGGUAGCUGUGUGGAUGCGGAAGCUAUUGUUUGGUGUACUGGUUUCUCCGAUUCCAACAUUGUAACAACAGCCACGGAGAUUCUUGGUGGGGAACCGAGCACCAAUGAGUCGGCAGGUGAAGGUGAGCGUAAUGGGAGCGGGAAACGAAUCCUCGGACCUCGAGACAUUGCCUCGCGCUUGGAUGCGACCUGGGGUCUUGAUGAUGAGGGAGAAAUCCGUGGCAUGUGGAAGCGACACUUGAAUAUUGACAACAUCUGGACUAUGGGAGGUUACACGCAGCAGCACCGAUGGCAUUCGCGCACUCUCGCGCUGCAGAUCAAAGCAGCCUUGGAAGGACUUCUUCCACCAGCUUAUCGGCAUACCGCUGCAGCGAGAAGUGCCAUUGCCAAAGCCUCGCUAUGA